AGUUUUAGGACUACAGUCAAAGUACUAACAACUCUUAGCAAAAAUGAUCUCAAAGAUCUUGUUCGUUGCUGCCGUCGCUGCUAUAGCUUCAGCUAGACCCCAAGAUGGACAUGGUCACGGACAUGCGUACUCAUCUCAAAGUAUAGUCCUACACCAGAGUCAUGGUCAUGAACCACAGCAUCAUAUACCGGUCCAUCAUGAAGUAAAGCCCAUCGUACUCGUUCAACAACCCACUCAUCACGAAACUCCAAAACAUGAAGAGCACCAUAUAGAUUAUUAUGCCAUCCCUAAAUACGCAUACGAGUACAAGAUCGAGGACCCGCACACGGGCGACAACAAGUACCAGCAUGAGACGCGCGACGGUGAUGUCGUCAAGGGCGUGUACAGUCUGCACGAAGCGGACGGAACUAUCAGGAUCGUUGAGUACACCGCUGACAAACACAACGGAUUCAACGCUGUGGUGAAACGUCAAGGUCAUGCACAACAUAUCAUUCCCGAACAUCAUCAUCAUCAAUAAAAUUGUUUACGACUGUUAUAAAAAUUAAGAAUGUUAUUUGUUACAAGCACUGAUAAAAUAAAUUAAGUUAUUCUUUUUA